AUCUUCACUGUCAAGGGCUCUAACCACACUACUCAAGUUGCAGAAGGCAAAAACAGGAACUGGGAAAAUGAAGAUCUGACCACAGUGAGAGAAGAUCAGGUUCAAGACCAUAUAAUGAACCUGAAGGUGUGCAAGUCCAUGGGUCCUAACAAGAUCUGUCCAUGGGCUCUGAGGGAACUGGCAGACAAAGUUGCAAAGCCACUUUCCAUCAUAUUUGAAAAGUCAUGGCGGUCUGAAGACUGUGGAAUGUAUUUCCCAGAAGUGAAAAGUCACCCAGACAAAUAUUUACAAAGAUGUCCCGAGUCUGUGAAAAAGUGGCUGAAACAACUGAAGAGUGCUGGGAAGAUUCUGCUAUUAAUUACUAGUUCUCACAGUGACUACUGCAGGCUCCUGUGUGAAUAUAUUCUUGGGAGUGACUUUGAAGAGUAUUUCGACAUUAUGAUCACAAAUGCGUUGAAACCUGGUUUCUUCUCCCAUACUCCAAACCAAAGACCUUUCCGAACUCUUGAGAAUGAUGAGGAGCAGGAGGCUCUGCUAUCACUAGACAAGCCCGGCUGGUAUUCCCAAGGUAAUGCUAUCCAGCUUUAUGAACUGCUGAAGAAGAUGACUGGCAAGUUGGAUCCCAAGGUUGUUUAUUUUGGUGACAGCAUGCACUCAGAUAUUUUCCCAGCUCAUCACUAUAGCAACUGGGAAACUGUCUUCAUCUUAGAGGAGCUUCUAGAGGACAAAGUUACGCUGCCUGUGGAGACAGAAUUUGAGCCCUUGGAGAAGAAAGGAAAAUAUGAGGGAGAUCAGCUCACAGCUCCUUAUUUUGUAUCUAAACAAUGGGGCUCUUUCUUCAUGGACAGAUUGCCAGGCCUGGAAAAUGCAGAAGAGACCUUAGUUCGCACGUGGUCCUGUAGAUGUAUUAGCACUUACAGCACUAUUGCAAUUCCUAGUCUUGAAGCUAUAGCAGAUUUACCACUGGAUUAUAGAUUUCCACGAUUUUCCUCAAAUAGCUCAGGAACUGCUGGGUACUACCCAAGCCCUCCAAGAGAGCUGCUGCCAAAUGAGGAGUCAUUGACUAUGAAAUAG